AUGCCAUUCCGACAGGCACUUCAGGGAAUCAUUGACAAGGCAGACAAGGCGUGGGAUCAAAUAAACAAUCGCUCCCCUCAGCCGGCGCCGUCGUACAACAGGCCUCCCCCACCGCCUAUUCCAACCUCCACCAAACCAUCACCAGCCUAUCAGGAACAGCAGCCUCAGAUCUACUGGCAACCCAAUCUACACCCUCAAGCACCGGUGUCUUUGAAUUUCUACCACGAACAAGGUCAACAUGGUUGGGGCAACAAUGAGUCGCAGAAUUAUAUCGACAGUCCUCAAAAUUCAUUCCAUUCAGCCCAAGGCGAUGCAGUGAUCGUGCGCGCUCUGAUUAACCACGGGCAACCCAACCAUGCCCAGAAGUUUACCAGUGCGAGACUAUCGAGUCAUCAGACUCUCAGCCGGCCACGAGGAUGUCUGUCGGCCAGAAUUACAGCGCCCGUGGCCCGAGGUAUCUGGCCAGCCUUUUGGCUGCUGCCUAAAGAUCCCUUCAAGUGGCCCGAAGAUGGUGAAGUCGACAUAAUGGAAGCUUGGAAUGGCGAUGCUGUCAACCACACAUGUCUGCAUUGGGGUCACUUCAAUGGCCAGGAUUGGAACAAGCAUCGCGUUCUUGAAACCCCCAUCCCCAAUAUCAGCUCACCGGUGGGUGUUAAGUACGAUUUUAUCUGGGACGAGGACGAAACAACUGGCAAAGGGCGCUUGGUCUGGUUGAUUGAUGGUAUGCCUAUCAUGAGGGCGGAGAAGCCGCCUGGUACGAGGAGGAUGAGCGAGUUCAGAAUUCUCAUCAACAUUGCUGUUGGAGGAAAUGUCUGCCAGGGAAAUCUGCCCAGCGAUGGAUGCUACGAGACAGUAGUUCGUGAGCUCGCCAUGUGGGACGCCCCUCCUGGCGGUUGGAGAGAGUUUGACAGGGCCUGGAAUAAUUCCAGAGAUGGUAAGACCAUGUAA